CACUACUCUUACUUUACUCUUUCUCUCUUACACACUUUUCAGAUCGCUUCCCAUGUCGUUGAUAGAUAUUGUAGCCGGAGACAUCAGCCCGGAGCUCCUGAAGCUGCUCGUCACGGUAGCUAGCACAGUCUACGGCUGCAAAAGAAUCGCGGAACGGCUGAUCACGCUGAUCAGCGAUGUACAACCAACGAUCAGGGAGAUCCAACACAGUGGCGUCCAGCUGAGUGAACAUCGCCAAACUCAAAUGCGAAUAUUCUUUGAAAUCUUGGAGAAAGCAAGGAAGCUGAGCGAGAAGGUUUUAAGAUGCAGUCGCUUGAACCCUAAACACGUCUACUACGCGAACAAGAUGAAGGACCUGGAGAAGAAGAUAGUUCGUUUCCUUAGCACCUCCGUUCUGGUCAACAUUCUCGCGGAUGUUAACCAUAACCGGUUUAGCUGUGAGUCGAGCCUCGAACGGAUUGAGAAGAAAUGCGACAGGAUAAAUGAGCGGAUGGAUAGUUUGUCGUUAGAGAAAGCCGUGAAGAGGGCGGAGGCUACCAUGGCGUUUGAGAUGGAAGUUGAUCCAGCGAUUCAGGAGGAAGUGUUGGACCGUGGGAAAAGAAAAGUGAAGGAGAUGAUGCUUAAGUAUAAAGAUGCUAAUCUGUUUGGGAUCUCUGGGAUGAGCGGCUCCGGGAAAACUACCCUUGCGGAAGGGCUACUUCAAGACCCUGAAUUUCGAGGCUUCUUCAGGAACCAGAUUUUGUUUUUGACUCUGUCAGCCUCUCCGAAUCUUGAGAACCUGAGGUCUCUUAUAAAGAGUUUUCUUGACGAAGGAUCUCAGAAUAGGAAGCUGGUGAUCCUUGAUGAUGUUUGGACAAAAGAAUCUUUGGACAUGCUGAUGUUUAAGAUUCCUGGAGCCACAACUCUUGUGGUCUCACGGUUUAACCUCACAGUUCCUAGAACCACCUACAAUGUUGAAUUUCUAAAGGAAGAUGAGGCAACGUCCGUCUUUUGUAUCUGUGCUUUCGGGGCAAAAUUCCCGCCACACCGAUGCAGAAAGGUUUUAAUCGAGCAGGUUGUUGAUGAGUGUAAAGGUCUACCUUUGUCUCUUAAAGUUCUCGGUGCUUUGUUAAAAGACAAGCCUGAUAGAUGCUGGGAAGGUGUACUGAAGAGGCUAUCAAGAGGUGAAGCUUCUGAUGAGAAUAGAGUGUUUGCUCAUGUAGAAGAAAGUCUGCACAACCUCGACCCCAGAACAAGAAGCUGUUUCCUUGAUCUGGCUGCAUUCCCUGAAGACAGGAAGAUCCCUAGUAAUGUUGUCACCAACAUGUUGGUUGAGAUGCAUGAGAUCGACGAGGAAACCGCUUUUUCCAUUCUUGUUUGUUUAUCACAGAAGAAUCUCCUUACCCUAGUGAAAGUUCCGAGGUUUGGCACUGGCUACGAUGAUUUUUUUGUCAAGCAGCACAAUGUUCUAAGAGACGUAGCCCUUCAUCUGAGCAAUCAUGUGGAAGUAAACAGGAGAGAGCGGUUACUGAUGCCGAGAAGAGAGUCAAUGCUUCCCAGAGAAUGGGAGAGGAACAAUAAUCAGCCAUUUGAUGCCCGGAUUGUCUCCAUUCAUACACGGGAGAUGAACGAACUGGAUUGGUUUGACAUGGAACUCCCUAAGACAGAAGUUUUGAUACUGAACUUUUCUUCAGACAAGUACGUCUUGCCACCGUUUAUUUGUAAGAUGGGUAGCCUCAAGGCGCUUGUGAUUAUCAACAAUUCCAUGUCUAUUGCGUGUUUAGAUGGCUUCCCCCUCUCAGCAAAUUUGGCCAAUCUGAGGAGUCUCUGGCUCGAGAGGGUUCACGUUCCUGAACUCUCUAGCAGUGCCAUUUCACUGAGAAACCUACACAAGAUGCAUCUGGUUCUUUGUAAGAUGAACAUAUUUGAUCGAGCAGAUUUGGAAUUUUCCAACAUCUUCCCAAGCUUGUCUGAUCUCACAAUCGAUCACUGUGAUGAUUUUGUGAGACCCUCGACCAUUUGUGGGAUCACCUCUCUCAACUCUCUCAGCAUAACCAACUGCCAGAACAUUCUUGAACUGCCAAAGAAUCUGAGUAAUCUACAGUCCCUUGAAACUCUAAGGCUAUAUGCUUGCCCCAUGCUGAAAGCCCUACCAGUCGAAAUCUGUGAUCUUCCGUGCCUAGCGUACCUUGAAAUUUCACAGUGUACCCGCAUAGAGUCUCUUCCAGAAGAGAUUGGGAACCUAAAGAAACUUGAGAAAAUUGACAUGAGAGAGUGCUGUUUACGGGGUUUACCGGGUUCUGUAGAUGCACUCGAAUCUCUCCGCCAUGUGAUUUGCGAUAAGGAGGCUUCAAAUAUGUGGGAAGAAGUCAAAAAGGCGGUUCCAGGACUUUGCAUCGAAAUCGCUGAGAGCUUGUUCAGCUUGGAAUGGCUCAACGAGUGAACUCUUUUGAUACCUCAAACACUUAAUAACCUAUUGUAUACUUUGAAAUAUCUCUCAUCCUCUCUUUUUUUUUUUUUUGCAACACCGUCUCUCUCUCAAUUUAUAACACUAGAACAUGAGCAAAGUUCUAUUCAUUA